AUGGAUCAGAAGAUUCAUGGGAGAACGGCAACGCCACCUCCCGUUCUCUCAGCUGUUCCUUCCGGGGAACGAGAUAAGGAGGGAGGUGCUGGAAGUAAAGAUGACGAGGAGGACAAGAAGCGGGACAAAGACAAAGAAGCAUCCACUGUAUCUGAUAGCACAGCCGCAGGUGGCCCAGGAGGUGGUGGCGACCAGUCACAAUUCUCCAUCAAAGAGAGCAGCCUAUCUGAGGGCAAUGUCAAACUUAAGAUAGGACUUCAAGCAAAACGCAUGAAGAAACCUCCGAAGAUCUUGGAGAAUUAUGUAUGCAGACCAGCCUUUAGGGCUACAAUGAGGAAUACAGGGCGGGGAGGCAGCGGUGCUCGAGGGAAUCGCGGUGGGAAUACGAAUGACGGGCCAGGUAGCCAGAACCAGAGUCCUUCUCAAGUCAGGGAAAAAGAAAGGGAGCAGAGUCCUAGUGUCAACAAACCAGUUGCAUCAUCCUCAUCAAACACAUCUUCUAAAGUCUCUCCACCACCUCCAUCUGGACCUGCACCUACCGGCACAGCUGCAAUGACACCUUCUCAAGUGAAUGGGAGUGCAACGGGAAAGCGGGGGACACCAAAGACGGAUUGUCUUUCUGACACAAAGUCUGACACAAAAGCAGCUUCUGCCACAGCUGAACGGCCCACGAAUCUUCAUCGCCCCCUUCCAGACAGUAAACUUCACCCUUCUGGAAAGAAAACACCAACCCUACAACACAACCCUCGGUCAUCAGCGCCCUCUUCACCAAUACCUGCAUCUAAGGAACCUACAAGUGAAGGUGUUAAACCAUCACAGUACACAUACAGCAAUGAAAGUCAAAGAGAAAAAGACAAAGUAGCUCAAAGCUGGGGAGCGCCUACAGUCACUGAAAAACUAGCUCAACUCAUAGCCACUUGUCCUCCGUCAAAGACCCCAAAGCCUGUCAAACCGGCUAAGACUGACCCUGCUCCUUCCCACUCAAGCUCAGGUUUUAUGACACCCACAGCCAAGCAGCGAGACAGGGCAAUGGCUAAUAGGAAUACCUAUUCGCGAAUGGUUCACCUUUCUCCUCCCCUACCAGUGUCACGGCCGCCUGGUCGGCCCUACGGUUCCAGGAACAAAGACAUUGCUGGGGAAAACCCAGCUGCCACACCAACAAGGAAGGAGGACACGGACGGGACUGGGAAAUCUAGUAGCAGCAGUAUUAACAUGAGCAGCAGUAACAGUAGUAGUCGCAGCAGCAGUCCAGCACAUAUAUAUGGCAAUAACAGGCUUCCUUCUCUCUCAAAGGACGGUAACAAUGACAUUAAUAGUAGCAAUUGUAAACUUCAGUCCCGCCCCAUUCACUUCUCAUCCCAUGCCACAGGUUUGUCCUCUUGUCCCGUAUCACCCUCCCCUACUACCACGGCUGAACAACGGACUUUGAAUCACAUAGGUUCCCCUACUGCCUCACAAACGGACCAUACAGAAGAGACUCCUGUCCCUUCGGAGGAAGGUAUCGCAAGUCUGAGACAACAAGGUAGCCCCAGAGAUAUGAAUAAUUGCUGUCCUCCAACAGGAACCGCAAAGCAAGAAGUGAAAGACAAGGGGGGUAGCAAUCAGCCAAUGCGAACCGAGAGCGACAAGGGCUCAAGUCCAUAUAAGCGUAGUCCCAAUCGGGAUAAUAGUCAUGUUGGUCGGAACAGCAGCCCUGCAGAACAUGCCAGGCCAAGGGCAUCAUCUUCACCUGAGCCAGAAGGAGAAGACAGCCCACUAACUCCUCUUCGGGACGAUUCUCCCGAUUCAUCCAUAGAUUCAGCAACCGAGCAGGACAGAAAACCACUUAAAAAACGUAGAGGAAGGAAGCCACGCUGGGGCCGUGCUAUGAGCAAGGUACAUAAUCAAAGAACGGGCCUCGACAGUCCGUUUGACCAGAGCAAAACCCUCAUGCCUUUAUCUUCAAGCUUGGAAACAUCGAGUCCAGUUAAGAGAUCUGUGGGGAGACCUCCCAAUCCAAAUAAAAUGAAACCAAAUAUUCUGCCACAAAGUACAAUGUCACGUCUCUUCACUUCCUCACCCCAGGCUAAAAAAAGGGGAAGGCCAAAGUCAAAGAUGCCAAGGCUUGAUGCUCCAACUCGUGGGCGCACCCAUAACAAAUUGGCCACAUCUAAGGUUUAUUCAAAUUAUUUGAAAUCCAAAGAAGAGCAAGACCCUCCUGUGCUUCAUCCAGAGGUUGAUUUAAAUCCCCCUAAACCCAUCCCUCGAAAACGUGGACGCCCCAAGCGACUCCCGCCAACCUUACCCGAAGAGAGUCAGCCCCCGACAUUGGCACCCGAGGCGGGGGAUGCUGGGGACAAACGUUAUCACAUGAAAGGAAAUGGUCAGCUUAUCAUGAAAACAAUCAUAGGCAAAAUCAAUAAGAUGAAAAGUGUGAAACGCAAGCGUAUUCUUAGUCAAAUUCUGUUAGGACCAAGAAAAGAAGAACCCCCCAAAGUGUCUCCAGGUGCUGUGGUUGGAUCUGCUGAAGCUGCAAAGCAAUCUUUGUCCUCCCUGGCUGCUUCCCUUGGGGGAAAACUCGGACCACAAAUUAAUGUUAGUAAAAAAGGAACAAUAUAUAUGGGUAAACGGAGAGGGCGUAAACCAAAAACAGUGAAUGCUACAGGUUCAGCCGCAGCACCAGAACCCUUCUUGUCCCCGAGGACCACUUCCCCCUUGCAUCACCAUCAAUCUCAGCAACAGAACCAGCAUUCCUCCUCAGAAAUCUUUCCUUCACCUUCACUCUCACAGUCUAGUGGAGGCCACAGUCCCAUCAGUGAUGCCAGCUUUGUAGAACCUGGCUCAGUGCACUUUUCUGGUCACUCUCAUUAUUCAAACCACAAUCAUAGCACAUUUGCUUUCCCUCCUCCAGCUUUUUCAGCUCCUAAUCUUCGUGGUCCUGUCCUCGGCUCUUCACUAUCGAUGGCCACCACAACCUCCCAGAAAAAGUCCUCUUUCCGUGGAUACCAUCACCACCACCACCAUAAUAGGCAGCACUACCACUAUCACAAGCUUUCUCCUCCUCGGCCACUCCACCCCACCUCCCCCGCCCCUCUCAAUGAGCUAAAAGAAGCCACCCCAUCGCCAGUAAGUGAGUCUCACAGUGAGGAGACAGUGCCCAGCGAUAGUGGUAUAGGAACAGACAACAACAGCACCUCUGACCGUGGUGAGAAAGCUGGAGGAGCAGGGGCCUUGGGUGGAAUGGGGAUUCCUGCUGGUAUUAGUAGUGGAUUAUUAAUGCCUGGUGUUAUUGGUUCAGCUAUGAGUGCUGGAAUGGGACUAAAUGCUCGGGGCAGGCGACGCCACUCAUCUGUACUUGUGGAACACCCCUCACCUUCCCCCUCACCUCAUAUGGCAAGGUUAUCACCUGACCCACGGAGACCUCGCCCAGCAGCUCCUUCUACCUCCAUAAUGGGUCACAAGGAAAAACAUAAACAUAAGUGCAAACGGCGUAGCCAUGGUUGUCCAGGCUAUGAAAAGCUCAAGAGACAGAAAAGAAAACGCAAGAAGAAAUACCUACAACUCCGUUCUCGGCGGAUCGACCCCAACUUUCUCGCUGAACUGGAUGAGAUUGUCAUAAGGAUGAGUGAAAUUCGCAUAGCGCAUCGUACCACUGGGCAUCGUCUUGGUAGUGGCAUAGGCAUAGCACCGGGAGCUAAUAGAAUGCCAGGAUUGGGAAGCCGGAUCAGUGGCAUAAGUGGUACCGGAGGCCCUCCGCCUCAUCAUUACAUUCACAGAGAUCUCCUGCCCACAAUCUUCAGGGUUAAUUUUGGUAGCUUCUAUUCCCAUCCCGCAUAUUCUUGUGAUCCGUUGCACUAUGUUCGAAAACCAGACAUGAAAAAGAAAAGAGGACGGCCGCCAAAACUCCGAGAGUCCAUGCCGGAGGUUCCUUUUGUACCAGGGCUUGGAUUCCCUCUUUCCAGUGGAGGCUUCUACCAUCCCUCUUAUGGUGUUCCUUAUACCUCUGGACCACUCGGUUUGGGCUACUACAGGGGCUAUCCUCCAGCUAGUGCUCUUUAUCCUCACCCACACCACCAGUCACCCCACACAGCCUCAUCUCACCACUCUCAUCACUCACCAACUUUCCCCCCACCUCCUCCAACAUCUUACAUGCACCACCACCACCCCUCUCAUCUCCUGUUGAACCCUUCAAAAUUUCACAAGAAAAAACACAAGCUGCUCAGACAGGAGUACCUAGGAGGACGGCCCCCUGUCCUUUACCCACCAAUGUCCUCGGAGCUGUCUUUCAACUGGCACCACAAACACAAACAUAGGCACAAACACAGAGAGCGAUGUGCUGACGAGGGCAGAGAUGAUGAAGCAGACACAAUUGGUGGAUCUGUAAAUCGUGGUGGGGCAGGGAUGUCUGACAGUGGCGCUUCAGGGAAGGGGGAGAGAGUUGGUGGCCUGGGAAUGGCAGAGUCUUUGCAACGAUGUCGUUUUGGACGAAGCACCUCUAGCAACAGUGUUAGCAAACAAGCUGGUGUCACUUUAACUAAUUCACCUUCUUCUUCAUCAUCAUCUUCAGCAGAUAGAUACAAGCGCAAAGAAAACUCUUUAUCCUGUCUAGGGCCCUCCAGACUAGCUCUUGGGAGCAGCUCCAAAGGCCAGCACUCAGCGGAGUCCUGGUUUAGGACAGGCAGCUCUGAGACUGACUAUUCCAAGCUUUCACGUCGUCAUGUUUUGCCCAGUCAGGGACCCUUCUCUGAUGGACGAACAGACGAACUACCCGGUUGCUCUGAUAGUGAGGAUGAGGAACCCCUCACACCCACAGAAGAUGUGGAGCCAAGAGGCCGCGAUUCUCCCAAUCUUACAAAUCUCUUUGCCUCUGCGCUCACUCGCACUAACUUGCGUGGAUGCAGAAACAGAAAUAACGAGACGGCGCCAGAGAACAGCAGCUUCUGCCGUAUGGACCGAUCGUUAAGGAAAGACCGAUCAUUAUCAGCUGAGAGAAGAGAAUUAGGUAAUAUAAGCAAUCUCAGAGACUAUUGCCAUGAUGCCUCCCUGCCCCAUCAGUCCCAUCGGGUGCAGCAGUCCAAACACAGCCUCCACCAUGUGAAUAAAAUCCUGCGCGCUAAAAAGCUUCAGAGGCAAGCUCGUACAGGAAACAAUAUGGUGAAAAAGAGGGGCCCUGGGCGUCCCAGGAAGCACCCGCUGCCUUCCCCGCCACCAUCCCCGCCUCCUGCUCUUGAAUUAAACCGAACUCGGCACAGAGUGGCAUCAGCAGGGGGCAGGGUGUGGGAUGGGGAUACUGUGAAAGAUACCAUUGAGGCAGUUGUCAAAGACCAGCGUAGCAAAGGGCAGAAAAGGAAACACUGGGAGAGAGAUGAUGAAGGUGAAGAAGAUGAGGUAGAAGACACUGUGGAGCCAGACGGAGAAGAGAAUGUGAGCAACCUGGUGGCAAGGCCUGGACCAGGAUCAGGAAGGUGUUGGCUUGCUCAGGAGGACAUAAGUCACUUUCCAAGCCCAGUGGAGAGUAAGCCAGAUGGCCACUGUUCCCCACAACACCAAGAGAACGACAACAGGGAACAAACACCCGCCAUACCCAUAAGCAGCCCUCGGGAGAAGAGGCCAGCCAGACCUCCAAAGAAAAAGUUCCAGAAGGCUGGACUUUACUCGGACGUGUUCAAAACUGAGGACCCCCGUAGUCAGCUUCUGCAGCUAAAGAAAGAGAAGCUAGAGUAUAUACCUGGGGAACACGAUUAUGGAUUAUUUCCAGCGCCCAUACAUGUUGGAAAGUAUCUGAGACAGAAGCGCAUUGAUUUCCAAUUGCCUUAUGAUAUCCUAUGGCUGUGGAAACACGAUCAGCUGUACAAAAGGCCUGAUGUCCCGCUUUACAAAAAGAUCAGAUCAAAUGUGUAUGUUGAUGUCAAGCCUUUCUCCGGGUAUGAAACAACUACUUGCAACUGUAAGAUUCCUGAGAAUCGCACUGAAAAAGGAUGUCUGGACGACUGCCUUAACAGGAUGAGCUUUGCAGAGUGCUCUCCCAGCACUUGUCCAUGUAAUGAGCAUUGUGACAACCAGCAUAUCCAGAGGCACGAAUGGGUACAGUGUCUGGAGAGAUUUCGUGCUGAGGGCAAGGGUUGGGGCAUCCGCACCAAGGAGAGUCUCCGUUCAGGGCAAUUCAUUAUCGAGUACCUGGGAGAAGUGGUCAGCGAACAUGAGUUCAGGAGUCGUAUGAUGCAGCAGUACUUUGCUCACAGUGGCCACUACUGUUUGAAUCUGGAUAGUGGCAUGGUGAUCGACAGCUACAGAAUGGGCAAUGAAGCACGCUUCAUUAAUCACAGCUGUGAGCCCAACUGUGAGAUGCAAAAGUGGUCAGUCAAUGGGGUGUACAGAAUUGGUCUCUUUGCGCUGAAGGACAUCAGCAGCGGUACCGAGCUCACCUAUGAUUACAACUUUCAUUCUUUCAAUACGGAGGAGCAGCAAGUGUGCAAGUGUGGCUCAGAGAGUUGCAGGGGUAUCAUCGGAGGGAAAAGCCAACGUAUCAAUGGAUUGCCUGGCAAGCCGGCUGGCACUCGGCGACUUGGUCGACUCAAGGAGAAACGGAAAUCUAAACACCAACUUAAAAAACGAGAAGAAGAAUCAAGUGACAGCAACAAGUUUUACCCUCACCUUAUGAAACCUAUGUCAAACAGAGAAAGGAACUUUGUGCUCAAGCAUCGAGUAUUCCUCCUGAGGAACUGGGAAAAAAUGAGGGAGAAACAGGAGUUGCUUAAACGAGAGGGUGAAAGAGAGAGAGAUCCGAGCAACCUGUCCUUGUAUACCCGCUGGGGAGGAGUCAUCCGUGAUGAUGGCAACAUCAAAUCGGAUGUUUUCCUCACACAGUUUUCAGCUCUGCAGACGUCACGGUCAGUGCGUACUCGGAGGCUCGCUGCAGCUGAAGAAAACACAGAAGUCACACGCACUGCUCGCCUUGCACAUAUCUUCAAGGAGAUUUGUGACAUGAUUACAAGCUACAAAGAUUCAUCCAGCCAGACUCUUGCUACUCCGCUUUUGAACCUCCCAUCACGGAAAAGAAACAGCCAUUAUUAUGAGAAGGUGUCAGACCCUCUGGAUUUAAGCACCAUCGAGAAGCAAAUCCUUACGGGCCAUUACAAGACUGUUGAAGCAUUCGACACUGACAUGCUUAAAGUAUUCCGCAAUGCUGAGAAAUAUUACGGCAGGAAGUCAUCAAUAGGAAGGGAUGUGUGUCGGCUACGGAAAGCUUACUACAGUGCACGUAACGAGGCUGCUGUGCAAAUCGAUGAGAUUAUGGGCGACACUGCCAGUGAGGCUGACAGCUCUGACUCACUCGAGCGUGACCGGGGCCACCACCAUGGAGGGGCCGGAUCCCAUGACAAGGAUGACGACAUUAUCCGUUGCAUCUGUGGCAUGUACAAGGAUGAAGGCCUGAUGAUCCAGUGUGAAAAGUGCAUGGUGUGGCAACACUUUGACUGUAUGCGGUUGGAGACGGAAGUCGAGCACUACCUGUGUGAGGAGUGUGAUCCGAGGCCAGUUGACACGGAAGUUCCAAUGAUACCUCAACCCAGCUAUGCUCAAGCUGGCUCGGUUUACUACAUCUGUCUCCUAAGAGAUGAGCUGCUUCUUCACCAAGGAGACUGUGUGUACCUGAUGAGAGACAGCAGACGCACGGCUGAGGGGCAACCCAUCAGACAGUCUUACCGCCUCUUGACUCACGUCAAUCGAGACAAACUGGACAUCUUCCGCAUAGAAAAACUCUGGAAGAAUGAAAAGGGUGAGCGAUUUGCCUUUGGACACCACUACUUCCGUCCUCACGAAACGCACCAUUCGCCCUCGCGACGCUUCUACCAGAACGAGUUAUUUCGCAUGCCACUCUACGAGAUCAUCCCUCUUGAAGCGGUGGUGGCAACCUGUUGCGUUCUUGAUCUCUACACAUACUGCAAAGGACGACCAAAGGGGGUCAAAGAGCCAGAUGUGUACAUUUGUGAUUACCGUUUGGACAAGUCGGCUCACCUUUUUUACAAGAUCCAUCGUAAUCGCUACCCAGUGUGUACCAAGCCAUACGCCUUCAACCAUUUCCCGAAGAGACUGACGCCCAAGAGAGACUUCUCGCCUCACUACGUACCCGACAACUACAAGAGGAACGGCGGCCGCUCGGCGUGGAAAAGCGAGCGGUCCAAAGGAUCCGAAGGCUGCGAGGACGAGGGAUCCUCGUGCGAGCGCGGCGACGACUUUCCAACAGAGACCGAAGACAGGAGAUCGGAGGAGGACACGGACGCGGCGCCGAGUGGUUCUGAACUUUUAGCGGGCAAGCCUCCGCAAGUGGAAGGGGACAAUGAUGACGAUGAAGAGGGGGCUGAAGGGGGAGGGCCAGAGGCGGAGGAGCAAAAGGAGCAGGAGGAAACCUCCACGGAAAGGAUAGGAGAGAUCCUUGAGCAGCCGUCUUCUUCGGCCUGCUCGCCACUCCACCACCCUGCGCUGGGCAGGAGGGAGGCCCAAAGGGAGCGACUCAACAAGAUUCUUUUGGAUCUGCUGCACAGAACGCCCAACAAGAAUGCUGUAGAUGUCAGUUAUCUCCUGGAGGAGGGUGCAGGGCGACGCCUACGGCGACGGACACUUGGAUUUGGUGAUUUUCUUGGCAGAAAGUAA